AUGAUAAAUUUUUCUAUAUUCUAUUUUUUUAUGAUCUUAUGCAUUUUAAAAUAUAAUUAUGCUUUAAAAAAUAAGAAAAUCAGAUUUUUCUUUUUGAAUAAAUCUGUUAAAAACAAGCUCAUAAUUAGAAAAUAUAAAUUGAGGAAGUAUUUAAAUAAAAUAAAUGAUGUAACAAAUAUCAAUGUAGGAGAGUUAAAAAUAGGGAAAAUAUAUGAUAUUAUAAAUAAUGAUAUAUAUGUUCGGUUAAAAAAUAAUAAUCAAAAUGUUAUUAUAAAAAGAGAAAAUAAUUACUUGCUAGAAGAUGAACUUUUAUAUGAAUAUUUAUAUAAUUCUAAUUUAAUAGAUAAUACAUUAUAUAAUAAAUUGAUGAAAAAAAUUGUAAAAAAUGGGAUGAAUAAAAGUGAAAUAAAUGAAUGUGUAGUUUUAAUUAAAGAAAUAAAUGAGAAAAGCGAAAUAAUUGGUGAAUUAUAUACAAAUGAAAUAAGUAAAAGAAAAGAAAAAAUUUAUGAAAAAUUGAAUGAGCUAAAAAAUUCAGAAAAAAAGAUUUUCAUAAAAAUUCUAAAAAGUGUAAGAAAUAAAUAUUUUAUAGUUCUUAUUCAUGAUUGUAUAAAAGGAUUUUUAUUACAUGAUAAAGAAGAAGAUAUGAUGGAUUUAUCAUUUAAUCCAAAGUUAAGCGCAUAUAUAAUUGAUGUAAAUAAAAAGUUAGAAUAUGUUUUUUUGUCAAUGAAAAAAUUCCCCGAAAACAUUUUAAAUGAAAAGUUACUAAGCUUACAGCAUACUAUUUUAAUAGAAAAUUUAUUUGAAAACAAUUAUUUUAAAGCAGAAAUUUCUGAUUUUUGUAAUAAUGGAAAUAAUAUAAUAGUUAAUAUAUUUGAGAAUAAAAUAAAUUCAAUAAAAGUAAAAAUUAAAUCACAUAAUAUAAUUAACACAAAAAAUAUUCUGAGGAAUUUUGAUUAUAUGAAAAAUAAAGUAAUAGAUUAUCAGUUUAAUAAAUAUAAUGCUAAUACAAAUGAUUCAUGUGAUGAUAAAAAUUAUAAGAAAAAUAUGCAGAAAGAGGAUUUUGAUGAAAACGAUAUAAAAAAAAAAAAUAAAGGAAUUUCAAAAAAGGAUUAUUAUGAAAAAUAUAAAAAAUUUGUAGAAAAUUUCUAUGGAUGUAAAGAACCAGAUGCACUAAAAUAUAUUGAUGUGGACAAUUACAUUUAUAAAAAAGAAAGGUUGAUUUAUGUUAGAAUCAUUAAUAAAACAUCAGAUAAAAAUAUGUAUGAAGGGAGUAUGAAAAAUUCAGAUAUAAUGAAUGAAUACAUAUAUGAUAUUAUAAAAAAGAUGGCAUGUGAAGAAAACAAAGUGUCAAAUUAUGAUGAAAAAUUAAGAUAUCCUUCUAAAGUACUAGGAUUUUUUAAUAGAUUUGUUAUACUUUCUACUAGAGUUCUGAGUAUUGAUAGUAAUGAUGAAAAAAAUAAUAAUAGUAACAACGAUGAAAAUAAUAGAACUUGUAAUAAUAAUAAUAAUAUAAAAGAUGUAGUAACACUCAUAGAAAAGCGUUAUAUAGAUUAUGAGAAUUUAAAGGAAGGAGAUAUAUUUUUUUGUAGAUUUGAAAAUGUGAGAAGACAAAGUAUUCGCAAUGCAUUUAAUCUAUCAAAUAGUACUAUAAAUAAGAUAUAUAAUACAUAUUUUAGAAAGGAAAAACAUACAAAUAAUUUAAAAAAAAAAAAUAUAGAGGAAAGUAUAUAUGAUAAAAAGUAUAAUUUAAAAAAUAGCAAAAUAAAUGAAAAUAUAGAAGAUAAUCAUGGAAUCACAAAAAAAACAAAAACAUUAGAUCAAUUAAAAUUUGAAGAUAUAUUUUUUGAAAAACGUAACAUUUAUAUUAUGAGAGCAGAAUUACAUAAGGAUACAGAAUAUCGGUUAAACAAAAAUAAUAUAGAUAAAAAUUUUACGUUAUUAAAGAAUAUAUGUGAUACUUAUUACUCUGGUUUUAACAAAUCAUAUAAUCACUAUUCAAGUAUACGUGAAGAAUUUAUAUUAAGAUAUUUAGGAACGGAAAAUUACAAAUUGUAUAGAAAAAUAGUUACCGAGUAUUUUUCAUCUAAUAAACAUUCAUAUAAAGAGUUUCUACAAGUACCUUGUGAAGAAUUAGCAUCAACUAUUUUUGAUUUUCUUUUCGAAAACCCAAAUGAAUUAACUGUAGAAAUGGUGAAAAAUUAUAACAAAGACAUAUGGGAAAGAGUAAAGAAACUUAAUAUUUUUGAAUUAAAUUAUUUAUUAAAAGACUUAAUUAAGUUGAAAAAUAAAUUACAUGUUUAUCCUUAUACUUAUGAAACCAAAACUGGAAGAAUGAAUUUAGUGUUAAAUAAUCAAAAACCAAUAAAAAAAGAGCAUAUACUAAAUUUAGACAUAGAUAAUGCUGUAAAAGAAGAAUUAUUAAAAAUAUAUAAAAAUUUUGUUUAUCCUAUUGAUUAUAUAAGGGAAUUACUUUUAAUAAAAAGAAAUUUUUCAAGCAAAGAAAAUAAAAAAAUGCCAAUUAUCCAUAUUUUAGCGGAUGAAACUAUAAACAUUUACGAAAAUUCUGCGAAGGAUGUUGAACCUUUUGAUGAAGAACAAAUAAGAGCUUUAAAAUUAUCUAUUUUAAAAAAAAAAAAAAAAUCUACGAUAGAUACAUUGAAUGAUAAUGAUAACGAAAAUUUAAAUUCGGUUUUAUUUGAUUCAGAAAAUAGUCAAAUUAGAAAAAUUCUUUAUUUGAUAAAAGAAGACUUAGAAAAGCAGAAAAAGAGAAAUAAGUUAGAUGAAGUUGAUAAAGAAUACGAAAAAGAACAAAAAAAUUAUAUCGAUGCAACUGAAAUUCAUAAAAAUAUACCUGAAUUAGAAGAAAUGAAUAAAUUAACUGAAGAUAUAUUUUAUAUGAAAAUCCCCUUUGUUGAAUAA